AUGCGGAGAGCACUAAGGAGCGAGCACCUACCCAAUACGUCCAAGGCAAUAAAAUACCAAACCCCAGCCCUCUCUGCCUGCCGGCCUGCCUGCUCGCUGGUGGCCGCGCUGCUGAGUGGGCGGGCUGCCUGCUGGCACCAGACUGAGCCGACGGGUCAGCCGGCUGCCUGCCCACUGUGCUGGACAGUAGUCUGGAACCCAGUUCCCUGCUCGGUCGGGCGCCAGGGAGAAGGUCAGGGCCCCGAGAGCGCACCGCAGCGAUGGGUCCCAGGGGCUGUCCAACGGGGUUUGCCCCUACAGAGGGAGCCGCCGCCCAGCGCUGGGUGUAGCAGCCGCCGCACAGUUACCCCUCUGCUGUUUACGAAGUACGACGUGCGGCGAGAGCGUGACCGCGAUUGAGGCAGUGUCGAAACCUGCACACACACACGCUCACGCACUUCCCCCCAGGAGGUGGUGCCCCUAGGAGGUGGUAGUGGACGGGGCACGCCGGGUUCCA